AUGCCUCACAAGCGCUUACUCUCCAGCGCAGCCGAUGCGUGCGGCCACCACCACCGACAAGCUCGACGGUCUCGUUCAAUAGCUCGAGCUAAUGUGGUCAAUCCCAAUGUCGCUGGUCCAUCAAGCCUGCCGCCACCAUCGCCACCACCUCCACCAAUACAUGCCUCGCGUUUCAUAUUACCUCCAACAGUACCAGCAUCAUCUUCAUCCACCUCUUCGCCGCAGAGCUUCCUGUCUCCACCUGCCCCCGUCCCGCAGCCUCUAUCUUUCCUCUAUCCUUCUUCCUGCCUCGAUCUCGCCUGCAGCUCUAGUUCACUAGCAGCGAGGCAAGGGACUGCACUUCGCUUCAAAUCCUCGCUUGCACCAACAAGAGCAGUCUCAGUUGCCGCACAACAGCUUGCUCCGGUACACCAAGACAAUUCCCACCAUCGCAAGCAUCUCUCUAAUCACCUUGAGCCCGACUUCACAUUCUUACGGCAUCACUACAAUCCACCGCACCCACUCAUUCAUCAUCCGCCCUCAAAUGCUUUAGUUCAGCAAGAUGCCAACAGCCAUCUCGAAGAAGAACGCAUCUCUCACCCUUCCGCAUUCGAUCCUCUCACAGCAGAUGACACCACCAUCAUUCCACCUACCAGUCGCCCCAAGCCGUCAGCUGCUUCCGUCGCUGAGCUUGCUUCUUUACGCCAGCAGAGCUCGAACCUCAGAAAGGCCAUUCAGAAAGGUACCGAGAUACAGCCAGCAACCGUCGUCAAAGGGUGUCGACGCCUUGUUCUUCUCUUCUGUCGCAUUCAUUCCAGGUUACGAGCUAGAACAGCACGUGCUAUCCUUUACGAGACUCUUGCCGAUGGUGCUCUCUAUCUAUCCGCAUCUGGACAAGCUAUUUCAGCAGCCACUGUACUUCGCCAUUUCCUGGUCAAGCUCGGCUGGAACCCACGUUCGAUCUCGCAUCUUGAACUCCCGCUUCUCUCGACAACAGCUAACCAAUUUUCUCCGAGUUCCAAGGUAGAGCCAUCACUGGCAGCUGUUGCUUCCAACACUGCUGCUUCCAACACUGCUGCUUCCAACACUGCUGCUUCCAACACUGCUGCUUCCAACACUGCUGCUUCCAACGCUGCUGCUCGACUCGCCUUGAUCGCACAGCAAGUCAUCUCACAGCUCACUCUGGCACCUUCACCAUCUAGUGCUCGACCCUCUCGACGCUUCGACUCGCACGAGCAUCUCGACGCCGCCACUUCGCUCCUCUCCGCCAUGCACCUUGCCCACAUGCCUAGAUCGACACUAUCACAAACAGCACUUGUACGAGCCAUGAUUGCUUCAGCUCACACCCCUCUAGCUGUAGAGACCUAUGCUGCCGAAGUGCGAGCCUGGUGGAUGGCUCACAAAGAAGCCAGACGACCCAGAUCUCCAAUUCGACGACAGGCAGCGCUCGUAGUAGAGAUGGGCAAGCCAAGCUCACAGGCUUUGCGAGAAAUCACACGUGCCCUGCAACAGAUCGAAGAGCUUUUGUCUCGCAUUCAACCCGAUCUCUUGUCUCAGCUUUCUGACCACGAGCGACAGGCACUCAGCGCCAAACGCAUCAAGUAUGCUGACUCCCUAAUCGAACUCAUCCGCCUCGUACGUGGAGGACGGCUGCCACUUCCACCAACACCAAGCGCACCAGAGAUCACCUGGAUCCUCUCAGCAUGCUGCCGCUUCGAGACGAAAAUGCUGCUCAACGAGUCUAGCGCCGCAGAUGCAACUAAGAGCAAGUCUCGGUCUUUCCAUGCCGCCGAACGACAAAGGUUGCUUGGUGCAGCUCAAGUGAUCCGAUACUAUCUGCGCGAAUACAUGCAGUCGCUGCCCGAUGGAAAGACACGAUCAGCCGGCCAACUGCUCAUUGGCGGCGAUCCCGUCAUUCGUCCGGCCAUUGGAGUUGCCGUGUACAACCAGCUCAUUCACUACGCACUUUCCGUUUUGAACUCCCCCUCGAUCUGUAAAGAGGUUUUUCAACACAUGACCCAAACUCGGCAGCCACCAUUGGAGCCCGAUGCCGUUACCUUCAACACUAUCUUGCGUCAAGCCACGACGCAGCGGUAUGAGUCAUUGGCGCGGGCUGUGCUGACCACCAAACGCUCAGAGCAGUCGCAGACUCAUUCCGGGCCCAAGCCAUCGUCAGCAUCAACUCAGUUCCAGUCCAGCGCAGCUUCAGCAAGUGUAGCAGCGAUCCAAGUCGAAGCAUGUCCUUUCCGACCUAUGAUCGAUCAGAUUGAUACCGCGAUUGCCCACGCCGACUCGUACCGCUUGGUUUCGCUGCUGCAGUACCUCACCGCUUCAGGUUUGUUCUUGCGCCGCUUUCGCCACGAGCCUGGUCAUGCUGGUGUCAAAGAGAUUGUCAUGCGCAUCUACCCUGCCCUCAACACCCAUAGCUAUGCGCGCCGACGGGCUCCUGGCCAACAUUUCUCUGACGAUCAGCAACUCUCUUCGUCCUCCGCAGAUAGGCCGCUCAGACCCAAAGCGAACCAAGCAUCCCGACAUGCCAUUCUGGACCCGCACGUCUUGACAGCUACCCUCAAUCUCGCAGUCAAAGCAGGCAAGACCGGCCUAGCACUGCGAAUCUGGCGUCUCAUCAAACGCACAAGUCUGCAGAGUGCAUUACGGUCUCCUUCCAUCGACGUUGCAAGGAGGCCUUGGAAGGUUCCCAUGGAGGCUGCCACGUUGCUCAUGCAGGUGCUUGCCAACGAAGCUGCUAGGAUGCCCAUCGUGCGGCACGCAGCCAGGACCCAGCGUAUGCGUCCUGCUCGUGUCGGUGCAAGAAGACCAUCCAACUCCAUCGGUCGUUCUCGAGAGUACGCUCGAGGUUUUAACAUUGUCGCUUCACUACGCCCACGACGAUAUGCUGGCAGGUCACACAACAGUGUUGGCGAUCUGGGUGAGGGUCUGAGAUGGAGGGCUGCACAAGUGCUAGCCAAACGAGAGUAUGCGUUCUUGGUCCAUCAUUGGGGUCUGUUGCAGAAGCUUAAUCGUUGGAGGAGGAAGCGGUUGGAAGCCUGGUUGCAGUCGGAUCCAAGCAAAGACUCAGAGUCAGCGCCCUCAGUGCGCAGUAAGCAGCGAGAGGAGGAGGAGAUCAGCGACAUCCAUGAAGGCAUGAAGCUGGACUCGAGAUUCUUCGAUGCUCUGUUGGGCGUCCUUGGUCGUCGAUUUGGUAUGAUCCAGCGCAGCAAAUCUCAUGUUUCUCGUUCCGAGAUCUUGUCGCAGUUGCGUCGCGGCUACAAGGAUGCUGCUAAAAAAGCCGCUGUCGGCGUGCAGGCUUCUUCUUCGCAAGACCAAGCAGCCACCGUCGCGUCGAGCCAAGACAACCUCGCAUCGCUCACUCCAGCUUGGUCCGCUACCACACCAGCUGACGCCGAACAGAAGCACGACCUCGACACAACCACACUCUCCACUAGCCAACUCCUCCAUCUCAUCAUUUCGCGCAUACAUUGGAAUUCGCGCGGUCGAUCGACCGCCCAUUCUCCGGACCCUUUCCUUGUUCGGAUCUUGCUCGAUAUGGAAGCGUUGACUUUAAGCAUUCCUGUUGGGUUCAGGUGGAUUUUGACUCAUUGUGCACUCCACUCUGCUGGAGCAGAAGGUGUACCGGAGCUCUUACAGAACGAAGAAGCGCGGAAUGGUGCAAGAGGAAGGAAGAGUGCGUUUUCACCAUGGCGCGGACCAAGGAUCAAGACGGUUGGAAUGAUUGCCAGACGGCUGAAUACGGCAAGAUUCAAGGAUGGGGUUGAAGAGGAAACAAAGAGCGGAUCUACAAAGUAG